AUGGAAAAAGUUGAGGCAGUUGAUAUUAGGGUCAAGAAGUAUUUGGAAUUAGUGGGUUACAAAAAGUGGGCUAGGUCGUAUGCAAAAGUUCACCGAGGAUGGACUUUGACUUCAAACAUUGCGGAGUCAAUAAAUAGAGUGCUUGUAUCAGCUAGAGAACUGACAAUUUAUGACUUUCUUGAGGAAGGUCGAUUACUGUUGUACCAUCCACAGAAUAUAUGUAUACGGUACAUGACAAACAAAAACACUUUAUUGUUUGCAUCAAGGAAAAAAUGCUUAUAUAAUGCAUUUCAAAUAGAUGAGAUACCAUGUGCACAUGCUUGUGCGGUGUUGGAGAAAAAGAAUUUUGACAAGGGUCCAUAUUGUUGUGAUUUGUUUAAACCAAAAACUGUUUUGAAGACAUAUGAUAUUCCAAUCUACCCGUUGUCACACAAAGAAGACUGGAUAAUACCAGAGAGCAUACUUGGUGAAAUAGUGUUGCCUCCAAAAUUCAAAAGACCUCCAGGAAGACCUGCAAAGAAAGAUCAUGAAAAAUCAGGUCGGGAUAUGUUUGGAAAGAAGAAUAUCAACUCAUGCGGUGGUUGUGAGGUUAAGGGUCACAAUAGGGGUUCUUGUAGGAAAUAUCGGAAAUGA